UCUCUCCCAGUUCACAUUUGGGAAGAAAACCUCGAGGAGUUCUUGCUUCAACAGUGUUUGAACGGAACUUCUUCCUUCGUCCCGCUUUCUUUCUACUCGUCUGCAUCCCGGACACGAAGAACUAAUCUCCUACUUCUUGAACACUACUGAAAAAGUCGCCGUUAAGCUUUAUUUUUGUACCGUUUUUGCUAAGAAAAACCUAAGAAACCGCCAGCCAGGAUGGAGUCCCAGGUGCGCCAGAACUACCACCGAGACUGCGAGGCCGCCAUCAACCGCAUGGUCAACAUGGAGCUGUUCGCCUCCUACACCUACACCUCCAUGGCCUUCUACUUCUCCCGUGACGACGUGGCCCUCAACGGCUUCUCCCAUUUCUUUAAGGAGAACAGCGACGAGGAGCGGGAGCACGCUGAGAAGCUGCUGUCCUUUCAGAAUAAAAGAGGAGGACGCAUCUUCCUCCAGGACAUCAAGAAACCGGAGCGUGAUGAGUGGGGCAGCGGCCUGGAGGCCAUGCAGUGCGCCCUGACGCUGGAGAAGAACGUCAACCAGGCGCUGCUGGACCUGCACAAGCUGGCCUCAGACCACGUCGACCCCCAUCUGUGUGACUUCCUGGAGAGCCACUACCUGAACGAGCAGGUGGAGGCCAUCAAGAAGCUGGGCGACUACAUCUCCAACCUGUCCCGUAUGGACGCCCACACCAACAAGAUGGCCGAGUACCUGUUCGACAAGCACUCCCUGGGAGGGAAGAGCUAAAGACCAGAAUAAAACCUGGAGAGAGUUGAUCACACACCCUUCUAUUAAUACAGAGUGUGAUCUAUCUAAUCUGUUGACCUAUAAAGUUAAUGGUUGUUGGAUAAUUACCAGGUUAUUGCUUUGGCCUCUCUUCAUCUAUUGAUUGUGACCAAAUGUUUCUGAUCUUAAUCUGAAUAAACAUUUUGAGCUGGA